AUGGGGUGCGGAGCUUCAAAAGUCGUCGAUGAUUCGGCAUUGGUAAAAAACUGGUUGGUAAAAAAGUGUAGAGAAAGAAAAAGACUGAUGAAGAAUGCAGUAGAUUAUCGGUACAAAUUAUCGAAUUCACAUGUAGCUUAUUUUCAUUCACUUAAAGAUAUGGGUCACGCUCUUUCGAGGAUUGUGGAUGAACAACUUGAUAUACCGCCUUCUUCAGCUGUAGUUAAACCAAUGCCGCCAUCUGGCUCUAAUUCUAUUUUGAGUUCGGAUUUUCAACCGGAGGAAACUAGGGGAUCGGUUGAUGAUGCUGUACUUACAUCAUUAAUGCCGCCAUAUGCUAUUCUGACUUCUGAUGACAAUAAUGUUCAUAUUGAUGAUCAGUGUCCUCCUACUGCUGCUGCUUUUUAUAUGAAAAAUUCUGCCCCGACCACUACUGAUUAUUAUCUGAAAAAAUCUGCCCCAGCUGCC